UAUGAAGACCUUGUUUGCUUUAGAGAUAUCAGGCCUGGUGCCCCCCACCACUAUCUGGUGGUGCCGGUGGAGCACAUGGGAAACUGCAAAACACUGAAGGCAGAACACAUACCUGUAGUGAAGAGGAUGAUGGAAGUUGGAAAAGCUGUCCUCCAGAGAAAUAAUUUUAGUGACUUGAAUGAUGUAAGAAUGGGUUUUCACUGGCCUCCGUUCUGCUCGAUAUCCCACUUGCAUCUUCAUGUCCUGGCCCCGGCCAGUCAGCUGGGAUUCUUAUCCAGACUCGUGUACAGAAUCAAUUCUUACUGGUUUAUCACGGCUGAACAACUGAUGGAGCGGCUGCAAACCGAAAACGCUGCCAGUUGA